UAAAUUACGAACAAACGAAUGCCGCCUAAGGAACAGCCAAAGGAACAGCCUCCUCCCCGAAAACGGAAAAGAAUUAUACGCGAUGAGAAUCGCGGUAAAUGGAAUAACAAGACGGAAUUUGUUCUCUCCUGUCUUGGGUAUGCAAUCGGUAUAGGAAAUGUGUGGCGAUUUCCUUAUCUUUGUUACCGAAGCGGCGGUGGGGCUUUUCUAGUGCCGUACUUACUGAUGGUAUUUUUCUGUGGAAUUCCAUUAUUUUACAUGGAAGUAUUAAUUGGGCAGUUUUCCAGCACUGGCUGCACGGGCAUGUUCCGAUUGGCGCCAAUAUUGAAGGGCACUGGAAUUUCCAUGGUAAUUGUUAACUGGUACUGCGUUUGUUAUUACUCCGUCAUCAUAGCCCUACCCAUUCGGAUGAUGGUGUACUGCUUCUGGGAACGCGUUCCUUGGAUUGACUGCAACCAUCCAUGGAAUACGGAAAAUUGCACCUCUACUGAUAUGCUGGGAAAAGGCAAUAGCAGCGACUCUUUUAAAACAUCGGCAGACGAGUUCUUUCACCUAGAAGUGCUACGCAUAUCGGAGAGCAUUGAACAUAUCGGGAAUAUAGUUUGGGAACAGCUGGUAAGCCUGUUAAUUGCGUGGAUUAUUAUUUAUCUGUGUGUAGUACGUGGCAUUAAGUCGGUGGGUAAAGUCGUCUACUUUACGGCAAUAUUCCCAUACGUGCUUCUGUUCAUAUUGCUCGUGCGAGGCGUUACGUUACCGGGCGCCCUAACUGGCAUAAAGUUUUAUAUGUAUCCAGAAUGGCAUCGACUGCUCGACUUGAAGGUGUGGGCCGACGCAGCCAUUCAGAUGUUUUUCGGUCUUGGACCUGGCUGGGGAGGUAUUGUGAACAUGGCCAGUUUCAAUGAUUUCCGCAACAAUGCCAAAUUUGAUUCCAUACUCAUACCCAUUAUUAAUGUCUUAACAAGCAUUUUCGCUGGCUUCGUAGUCUUCUCCGUAUUGGGUUUUAUGUCCGAGAGAUCGGGAGUCCCAGUGGAGACGGUUGCCACAUCUGGUCCAGGUCUGGCAUUCGUCACAUAUCCUGAGGCCAUUGCUAUGCUGCCGCUGCCUCAGAUCUGGGCUUUUAUGUUCUUUUCAAUGCUCUUUCUGCUGGGCAUCGACAGUGUGUUUGUACAAUUGGAGGCCAUCGUUACUGCGGCCCUAGAUGAGAUUCCAAGACUUCGAAACCACAAGCGAAAACUAACGCUAUUUGCCUGUUUCGUCUUUUUCUCCAUGGCCAUCAUUAUGACAACGAAUGCUGGCAUGUACAUACUACAACUAUUCGACUGGUAUUCAUCUGCCAUAUCGGUCAUCUGUAUUUGUUUAGUAGAAGUGAUUAUGGUUGCGUAUAUUUACGGCAUCGACAACUUCAUGACAGACGUAGAAUUCAUGCUGGGCAGACGUCCGAGUCUCUUCUGGAAAAUCUCUUGGAAGUACGUAACACCUAUCAUUCUCAUCUGCAUUUUCAUAACUAGCAUCAUAUUUAUUCGCACCAUCACUUACAAUGGUCAGUCAUAUCCCCAUUGGGCGAUUAUAGUUGGUUGGUGCAGCUGUGCAUCGUCUAUAAUUUGGAUUCCACUCUACAUAUUCUAUAUAUUGAUAAGGAAACGAGAGACCAUGUGGGAGAGCUUCAAAAAGCGGUUGAAGCCUCUGGAUUGGACACCAGCUGAUCCGGAAGACCGCGCAGAAUACGAAGCCUUCCGACGGCAACGUCGAAUGCCCGCCUUUAUGUCCGACACAUCUGCUGAUGUAGAUGUAUGGGCCGAUGGAAAGCAAUGAUUACAUUUUAUUUAUGCUAUAUAUGCUUUUAUUGAAUUUUUCAGCUCAAUGAAAUCAACAAACACACCGCCUUUGUAUAAUUGAGUUGCACUUAUUUCGCUGAUGGUUAGUACACUUAUCUUUGCUGAAAAUAUUAACGCCAUGAUAGACUCUUGGAAAGAAAUGUGGGAGUUAAUAGCCACAGUUAUACAUUUAAAUAAACCAGCACUCCAAAGAGCUGGAAAAAUGUUACGAACAU